AUGAUACAACACUAGGGUCUCAUCACACUCUGAAUCUAUCUUAGAACAUUAAGCAGAGGCAAAUCACCAAUGGCUCUGGUGUUGCAUGCCGGAAGAACCAACAAGAAUGCUUUAAAGGUACUUCUAGUUGCUGAGUACUGUGGGGUCGAUAUCGAACUUGCGAAGAAUUUUCAAAUGGGUGUUUCAAAUAAAACUCCAGAGUUUCUUAAGAUGAAUCCUUUAGGGAAGGUUCCUGUGUUGGAGACCCCUGAUGGUCCUAUAUUUGAAAGCAAUGCUAUAGCAAGAUAUGUUGCCAGAUUGAAUGCUGAUAAUCCAAUUUAUGGGACUUCACUAAUUGAAUAUGCUCAUAUUGAGCAGUGGAUUGACUUUGCAACAAUAGAGAUAGAUCCGAAUAUUUGUCGGUGGUUUUAUCCAAGAGCUGGUUACAGUCUCUACAAUCCUCAGGCUGAGGAAGAUGCUAUUAAACUUUUGAAAAGAGCACUUGGUGCUUUGAACAUACAUCUUGAGACAAACACAUACCUGGUUGGACAUGGCAUUACUCUUGCUGACAUUAUCAUGAUAUGCAACUUAUAUUUGGGUUUCAUUCGACUAAUGACGAAGAGUUUCACGUCUGAAUUUCCUCAUGUCGAACGAUACUUCUGGACUAUGGUUAACCAACCGAAUUUCUGCAAGGUGAUGGGGAAAGUAGAGCAGACAGAGUCUGUGCAUCCAUUGCAGUCUCAAAUAAGUACUCAAUCCAAACUGAAAGAACCAAAGAAAGAAGCCAAGAAGCAAAGUAUCAAUUCAAUGAUAGAAGAUUCAGAGCCUUUUAAUGGAGAAGCCCUUUUAGAUGCCAAGUGUUUCAAGUGAAACUAUAUAUUACAUGUGUCUAUGUUUUUCACUAUGACAUAUUGACAUAUUGACAUAUUGUGGUUGUACUUGUUAUAGGUUUUUAGGGUCUUCAAGAUCUGCUUGUUUUACUUUAUUAUCUA